UUAACUCAGUUGUCACCCUCGCUCUCCCAACGCAAAACCCAAUGGCGACCCUGAAGGAGAUCCUAACUCGGCGGCCGGUGUCGGCGACCAUCCGGCUGACGGUUCCAGCCGGUGGUGCUCGACCAGCACCUCCGGUAGGUCCGGCUUUGGGGCAGUACAGGCUGAACUUAAUGGCUUUCUGCAAGGACUUCAACGCUCGGACACAGAAGUACAAGCCAGACACUCCCAUGGCGGUGAUGAUCACGGCCUAUAAGGAUAACACCUUCGAGUUCACGGUGAAGUCUCCGUCGGUGACCUGGUACCUGAAGAAGGCCGCAGGGAUCGAGUCCGGAAGCAGCCGCCCGGGACACGUGGUGGCGUCGACUCUGUCGCUGAAGCACAUUUACGAAAUCGCUAAGGUGAAGCAAUCCGAUCCUUAUUGCCAGUACAUGUCGUUGGAAUCAAUCUGCAAAUCAAUCAUUGGUACAGCUAAUACCAUGGGAAUUAAGGUCGUCAAGGACUUGGAUUAGGAAUGCAAGUUCUUCCCCAUUUUCCAACCCUAGUUUUGCCCCCUUCAUGUUUUCCUCAUUACCCAAAAAAAAAAAAUUGCUGUUGAGAAAAGGGAGGUAUUUUGUUAUGUUUUUCAUUUGAAUGAGUUUCACUGAAUUAUAUUCGAUAAAGAAACAUAAUCUAAGAACAUCAAGUUUCAGGCUUUUGAAUUUUAA